CAUUUUGUUCGAGACCCCUGCCUCUGCGGCGAUUGCCUCCUUCAGUUUACUUGGCUGAAGGGUGCCAUUCUUUUCCUCUUGGGUGCCAGCUUCCUACUCAGCUUUGCAUUGAUCAGUCGUAAAUUCUGCAGCCUCCGGCGAGGCAAUAUGGUCUACCAACGACAGACUCACCCAAACAGCCACCAGACUUCGCCGACGCCCGUAGCACCUAGCGUAGCGGAUCCAAUUUCCCCCAUCCCUGCAGCCAGCAGUGGGCUCAAUUGCGCGGGUGAUGUCCAAAUCAACUGGCUCGGAGGAGUCCGACCCAUUCCAAAUGGAACGAGGAUCAUUGGCAACAGCUCUUCUGGUAUGUUGACAGCAUACUGA